GGAGGGCAGCUAUGGCGGCCCGGCGGCCGGCGGGGAGGCUCGUCGUCAGCGCUCUCUGCCGCGCCUUCUCGGGCCGCGGCUGUCAGCCCGCCCCCGAGCGCGGCGCCGAGCGCAGGGAUGCGGCGCCGAGCCGGGUCUCAAGAUUCUGCCCUCCAAGAAAAUCUCACCAUGAUUGGAUAGGACCUCCGGAUAAAUAUUCAAACCUUCGACCGAUUCACUUUUACAUCCCUGAAAAUGAGUCACCGUUGGAACAAAAGCUAAGAGAAUUGAGACAGGAAACACAAGAAUGGAACCAACGGUUCUGGGCAGACCAGAAUUUGACUUUUCACAAGGAAAAAGAAGAAUUUGUUCGCUCAAGACUCAAAGCCAAAGGCCUGGAUCUGAGAGCUGCAUCAGAUGCGAAGAGCCAACUCACUGGGAAAGACCCUGAUGCUGGGAAAGAUCCAGGGCAGGAGGAGAAGGGGGCGGCAGAGAACGAGAUGGUUGGACGGCAUCACCAGCUCCAUGGACGUGUGGCGGGACUCGCGCCCCUGGCUCCCUUCGCUGCAGGAGUGUUUGUGCGGGUGCGGGGGUGCUAUCAGGAUGGAAGCGCCCCCUCGGUCCUCGGUCAGAAAGCGACGUUGAAUGCAGAAGAAAUGGCUGACUUUUACAAGGAAUUUUUAAGUAAAAAUUUCCAGAAGCACAUGUAUUAUAACAGGGACUGGUAUAAGCGUAACUUUGCCAUCACCUUCUUCAUGGGAAAAGUGGCCCUGGAGAGGAUUUGGAACAAGCUUAGACCGAAACAAAAGAAGACCAGCAGUUAGGAGCCCACCCUCACCCAUCCAGCCGGUUCCUCGUCUGAGGUUCCUCGAGAAGCAGCUGCCUCUGGGACUCGUUUCACAAGGGUACUGAAACCUGUGAGCGCAGGGCAGGCUGGAGGACGCGGGUCCUGGUACUGACGCUGAGGCCCAUGUGGCUCUGUCCUGACUGCGAAUUCGACACUGGCUCUUGGCCACCGAGGUGAUAGCAAAUAAAACGCAAGCACUGUC